CCCACGUUUAGUGGGCGCCCUCUGAUUGCGGGGGAACAGAGCAGACGUCUCCGUGAGGAUCCACAGUUGGAGCCGCACCACAAAAACAACAACCAUGAGAGUCGUCUUCUUCUUCGUUUUGACGCUGGGAGCAUCUUUUGCGUCCGCGUCUUUACCUCCGACGCACGUCGGCUUCAGCUCGUCGGUGCGCUCGGUGUGCAAGCCUGUACCGAGCACCCUGUCCCUGUGUCACGGUAUCGGUUACCGGCACAUGAGGCUCCCCAACCUGCUGGGUCACGACUCCUUGCGGGAAGCCCAGCAGCAGUCGGCCGCCUGGCUGCCGCUCAUCUCCAAGCUGUGUCACCGCGACACCAAGAAGUUCCUCUGCUCAUUGUUCGCCCCGGUGUGCGUGCCGGACUACAGCGGCCCGGUGAGUCCCUGCAGGAGCCUCUGCGAGGCCGUGCGGGACCACUGCGUGCCCGUCAUGAGUGCGUUCGGCUUCCCGUGGCCGGAAAUGUUCAACUGCAGCCGCUUCCCCCGCGGGACGCAACUCUGCAUCCCUCCUAGCGGGGACCAGGACGCGCGGACGGCGGAGGAGGUCACCCGCGAAGAGGCGCAUAAAGGAAGUGUCAUUUGUGAUGCCUGCAGUCUGGCGGCCGAGGGGGAGACUGACAUCCAGGACAACUUCUGUCCAAGUCCAUAUGCAUUCAAGAUGCGUCUGGGCAGUGUGUCGACGGUGGGAGGGGACUUCCAGCUGGUGCCUAUGGCCCGAAGCCGCAUCCUGAGAUGGGCAGGGGGAGGUGCCGAGAGGGCGGAGGGAAUCGGAGGUGCGAUGGCCCACAAUGCUUUGUGGCUGCAAGAAGGAGGCACUUGCGCCUGCCCCGGCUUGGACUCGGCGGACAAAAAAGAUCCAUUCGAGGAAGCGGAGCCCGUGGAUAAGAAGCUGAACGUGGCCCAGGGUGGAUGGUAUUUGGCCCUGGCUCGGGCGGAGGAGGGAAGGCUGGUGUUGACCCGACUGGUGCGCUGGACUAAAAGCGACAAAGAACUGAAGAAGUUCAUCCGAAAUCUCCUUAAACAACAAUGUGCUGACCUGUAGACUGCGAUUAGCAGCGUGUCCAACUAACAAAAAGCCAAUAAGUAAGCAAAUUAAUCAGCCACUUGCGUUAAUGAAGACGUGUUAAAAGAUACUGUGGAUACUGUGGAUAAUUAAUUGUCCCAAAUACCAUUUAAAAAGGUGCAAACUGCUUAAUUUCCAGAGCCUUUUUUUCUAAUUUAAUGAAAGGACCAUUCCACUCAAUCAAACCAAAAAAUUAGGGCUGUCAAACCCAGUGAGUUAACUAACUCAGGUGAUUAACCACAAAUCAUGCAAUUUAUUUUGACCGUACAAGCUCUUUUACCUUAACGGCUGUACGGUCAGUGAACAGAUCAAUGCAUACGAGAGUACACAAAGACGAGUGAGGAGACUCCAAAAUGCAGACUGAAAGAACAUUAGCUAAAACUGUUACCAAGUUUUGGGCAAAAAAGGAAAUGCAUUUGAGUAAAAUGUUUGAAAACGUUUCUGGGUGACAUUCUGACAAUAAAAUUGUAAUUGUGUACAUACGGGGCUCUUUUCUUCACCAAAUUUUAAUUAGGCAAGAGAGUAUCACCUGGGAUUAAUAAUGAUUUAAAUUUAAAUCUGACGAUUAAUCUGAUUUAAAAAAAAUUAUCAUUUGACAGCCCUAAAUAUUAUGGUUUUAUGUUAUGUAUUUAACAACAGUAGAUCCCCACAACUUAGCUGAAUUUUUGUCAGAAAUAAUUAUUUUACUCUCUUUUUUUGUACCAAAGAUCAACUAAUUUGCUGAAGAAAUUUCUGAACUUUUUUAAACUUUUUUUUUUGUGGUAGACAAAUAUGUUUGGUUUUUUUCUCCCCAAAAACAUCCCAUAAACCUCACAUUCACCCUAAGUCGAUAAUAAUCAAAAGAAAUGUGACAAUUUGGGCUGUCAAAAAAACGAGUUAACUCAUGUGAUUAAUCACAAAAAAUGAUCGCAUUAAUCUUGAUUUCGACCAGUUCUUUUACUUUAACCGCUAUGCGGUCAGGGAUCAUGUCAGUACAAAAAUGAGUGAGGAGACUCCGACUGCUGUGCUCACUGACAAAUUUCACUCCAAAAUACAGCCUGAAAGAACUUUAGAUAAAACUGCUACAGAGUUGUGUGAAAAUAAAUGACAUGAAUUCAAGUUGAAUGUUUAAAAACGUUCCCAGAUGACAUUUUGACAAUAAAAUGGCGAUUGUGUACAAAUAUGGAGGUCUUUUCAUAGGAAAAUUUGAAUUAUGCAAGCAAGUGUGAUUAAUCAAGAUUAAUCCAAAUUAUAAAAUUUUAUUAAUCUGAUUAAAAAAAUUUACCAUUUGACAGCCCCACAAAAAAUAUGACAACACCAGCAACUAGCUUACUAUAACAGAACAUAAGUAUUUUUGAAUUGUCUUUAUUUUUCACAAUUACAAAUUAUAUUGGAUUAAAAUUGGAAGAAUUUGUUUGGCGGUCAGGCUUGUCACUCACUUCUGUCUUGUGUGUGCGCACACACACAAACUAUUCCAGAAAAGCAACUAACAAUUUGCAGUCAUGUUGUUGUUAUGCGAGAAGAAAAUUUAAUGAUAGCGAAAGUUAGCGAUCCACGUGUUACAUAAUAAAAAAUAUUUUCAAACAUUUAGGUUGCAAAUCAUCUUUUUGAUGACAAAUUUUUUGUAAUUUGAACACAUUUAAAAAAUAUCAGUUUAAAACGGCCAACUAAUUAUUGUACGCGUAAUCUUUCAGAGUCAAAAGCAAAGUUGUUGUUCAUAUUGUCUACCUAAUAUGUGCAGAUGUCAAUCACAACUCAUGUGUCUUCAGCAUAUAUUAAAUAAAGUUGUAUGUAUAAAUGACAUGAAAAAUAAAGAGGAACUAUCUCAACCUUUUCACAACAAUGUAAUGUUCCUGCUCCUUCUCUAGACAGGAUGAUAUUAAAGGAAAUACAUUUUUAUAUGUCAGUUUCAAUCAUUGUGAAGUGUCAUUUUUAAGAAGAAAAAAAAAUC